AUGAGUGAUUUUCAUCCUAAUGAAAGGGAUUUAGUGAGAAGAACAUACAUACAAAGAGGGCCUUGCCAACCGGUCGAUUAUGUGUUUCCUAAAACACAAAAUUGGAUUAAAGAGCGUCCCUUUAAUGUUCGAUGGUAUGAUACUUGGAAAUCUUGGCUUGAGUAUAGUGUGGAUAAAGAUGUUGCCUUUUGUUUCAUUUUCUAUUUGUUCAAGGCUGAAAAUACUGCAGGGGGUGAUGCUUUUGUUAAUGAAGGCUUUAAGUCUUGGAAUAGAUUAUCUACCAUUAGAGAUCAUGUUGGAAGCAUUAGCAGUGCUUUAUUAAAACAAACAGUGGAGAUUAAGAAUGCAUAUCACAAGCGAUUAGAAGCAUCAGUUACAGCCAUCAGAUGGCUUUUGCUACAAGGGCUGCCAUUUCGUGGGCACGAUGAAAAAGAAAGUUCAAGCAAUAGAGGUAAUUUUGUUUCAUUGUUAACUCUUUUCUCAGAACAUGAUCCUGAAUAUGCUAAAGUAGUUUUAAAAAUGGCUCCUGGUAAUUGUCAACUCAUUUCUCCGGUAGUUCAAAAAGAUAUUAUUCAUGCUUGUGCAAAAGAAACGACUAAGGCAAUAUUUGAAGAGCUUAAUGAUGGAUUUUUUUCAAUUCUUGCCGAUGAUUUCGUUGAUAUUUCUGAUAAGAAACAAAUGGCUCUUCGUUUGCGAUAUGUCAAUCAAAAAGGAGAAGUGUGUGAACGAUUUAUUGGUGUUGUGCAUGUUCCCAAUACUACUUCAUUAACUCUUUUGGCAGCUAUUGAGUCAUUACUCAUGGAAUAUUCAUUGACUUUCUCUCAAGUUCGGGGUCAAGGUUAUGAUGGGGCGAGUGAUAUGCAAGGUACAAUCAAUGGGCUCAAAACUAUAGUGCAGAAUGAAUGCCCCCAAGCAUACUUUGUUCACUGCUUUGAACAUCAACUUCAGUUGACACAAGUUGCAAUUGCUAAGAAAAACUUUGAUUGUGCAUUAUCUUUGGGUGAAAUUGAGACGGGAAGUGGUUUAAAUCAAGAACGUGGUUUAGGUAGACCAUGUGAUACUCGUUCGGGCUCUCAUUUUAAAACAAUAUUGAAUGUUCUUAAUCUAUAUCCCACGAUCUUUGAGUCUCUUGAUGCUAUUGCAGAAGUUUCUGAUACAAUUGACUCUAAUAAAGCUCAAUCCAUCAUCCUUCUGUUGAUGUCUUUUGACUUUGUGUUUGUGGCUCACUUAAUGGUUUCUAUAUUUGGGAUAACAAAUGAGUUAAAUGUGGCUUUGCAAAAACAUGAUCAAGAUAUUGUAAAUGCUAUGUCUAUGGUUAACAUAACCAAGACAAAUUUACAGAAGAUGCGAGGUAAAGGAUGGGAUUCUCAUAUGGACAAGCAAAUUUACAUCAUUUCUGAGUUGAAGUAUUUAUUAGUGUCAUUGAUCUUCAAUUGCAAGAACUUGAAAAUCGCUUCCCCGAGGUUAGUAAGGAAUUACUUAUGUGCAUGUCAUGCUUUAGUCCCGUUAAUUAAUAGAUUUGCUGCUUUUGACAAAAGUAAAUUACUUCGACUUGCUACAUUCUACCCAAAGGAGUUUUCAAGUAGUGAAUUGUUAUUCUUUCAGCAUUCUCUAGAGAAUUUUAUUGUUUCCAUUAGAGAAGAUGAGAGAUUUUGGAAUUUAAAAAGUCUUGGCGAGCUUUCCGUGAAACUUGUUGAAACGGGAAAGCAUACAACUCAUGAAAGUGUCUACUUGUUACUGAAAUUGGUCUUGAUUCUCCCUGUUGCAACGACAAGUGUUGAAAGAGUUUUUUCGGGAAUGACGCAAGUGAAAGCUAAACUACGAAAUAGCAUAGGAGAUCAAAUGUUGAAUGAUUGUUUGAUUACAUAUCAAGAGAGGGAUUUAUUUUUGAAUAUUAAGAUGAAUGAUAUUGUAAAUUGCUAUCAAAACAUGAAAACUCGUCGAGAUCAAUUGCAGUAA